CGCCGGAAUAAGAAUGACAUAUUGGUGUCACAGAAGGGUUUGUGGUUCGCUAUUCAUGCGCAGAGCAACCGCCGCACGUUGCUUUCGGCAUAAGUGGACGGCUGUCAAACAGUUCGUUAGGGGAAAGUUGCUACACAUGAGCCUGUUACUAACAAUGAUCCUCAAACGGAGCAGAAGCGCAAACCGUUUAAACAAUCAGAAGGUUCGCAGCUGGCGUCUGAACCACAAACGACAAACUACCACUCCUCAUCUCUACCGACAACCCGAAGAUGCUGACCAUGAUGUGUCCUGAGACUCAAACGACUUGCCUCAAGCUCAGCUACCAGGACCAUCGUUAUGCUUCUCGUUCUCUGGGCUUGCUCAUGCUACUCAACGGGCGCGCACAAAAUAACAAGGCCCCCAGAACGAGAUCUCAAUAGCCCACAUGUGCGGUUACGUUUUAUUCCUAAAUCUUUGCGGAUGUUAUGGCGGGCUCCUUUUCGAAACAUCCUGCCCCCAAGUAUACCAAGAAAUCCACCGAAUCAAUGAUCCAGAUGCCUGGACAACAGAGGGUCUGAACGAGCUCCCCUUCACUCUCCCCGAUCGUUGUGUUGCUGGCUGGCACAACACACGGAUAAUUCUGACACGUGGCGUUUGUUGCCCUCGAUGGUGGUUCGAAUGCCCUUCUAUUGUGGUUCCUCGAUACCCUUAUUUCUACCAUCCGGACAACAGACAAGGUUGAGAGAGAGAGAGAGAGCGUUUAUACGAUAAAAUGAAGUCAAUUUAGAAGGUCUAGCUCAAGCUGAAGGUGGAGGAUGUAUUUCUAUGAGUGCGACGCACGGA